GAAGACAAAACCCCUAAAAAAAAAAGAAAUUCCGACAAGAACAAAGCUGUUCUGUAAUGGAGAUUUGAGUAAAAAGAAGAGAUUGAAAAAUGGUGGAGGGUUGGCGCAAUGGGUUUCGAGAGGCGACGAAUUCAAAGCCUCUGUUCGUGACGAUAUACGCGACGGUGAUCAUCGGCGUUCUAGUCUCUUCCUUCUAUGUCUUCUCCGCUAUUUACUCUCCCACCAAUGGCUCCACCUCCUGGCUCUCUUCUCCUCCUCUCUCCAUUGCUGGCCGUAUUCACAAACUUCCACAAGAGAAUGCCACGUCACAGUUACCAGAGGCACUAACACCGCCAGCUCCGGAGGAGGAAGCUAAAGGCAAAUCAUUGGGUAAAAUCUGGGUGUCUCCUCCUAAAGACAAGAAGAUGCCACCACUUGAAGCCUUUAAACUAACUAAAGAGUUGUUUGGGGAGAGAGUGAAGGAUAAUGUGAUAAUAGUCACAUUUGGGAACUAUGCUUUUAUGGAUUUCAUCUUGACUUGGGUUAAACACUUGACUGAUUUAGAUCUCUCCAAUAUUCUAGUUGGUGCUAUGGAUACAAAGUUGCUAGAAGCUUUGUACUGGAAAGGUGUUCCGGUUUUCGACAUGGGAAGCCAUAUGAGCACAGUGGAUGUUGGUUGGGGCUCCCCAACGUUUCACAAAAUGGGAAGAGAGAAAGUUAUUCUCAUUGAUUCCGUUUUGCCUUUUGGUUAUGAGCUUCUAAUGUGUGACACUGACAUGGUCUGGCUUAAGAACCCUCUGCCUUAUCUGGCUCGGUUCCCUGAUGCUGAUGUUCUGACAUCAAGCGAUCAAGUUGUGCCUACGGUUGUGGAUGACAGCUUGGAUAUAUGGCAACAAGUUGGCGCCGCAUACAACAUAGGGAUCUUCCAUUGGAGACCAACAGAAGCUGCCAAAAAGUUGGCUAAAGAGUGGAAAGACAUUCUCAUAGCUGACGAUAAGGUUUGGGAUCAAAACGGGUUCAAUGAGAUUGUUAGGAGACAGCUAGGCCCAUCAGUGGAUGGUGACAGUGGACUCUUUUAUGCUUAUGAUGGUAAUCUCAAGGUUGGGAUCUUGCCGGCUAGCAUAUUCUGCAGUGGUCACACUUAUUUUGUUCAGGCUAUGUAUCAGCAGCUCAGGCUAGAACCGUAUGCGUUGCAUACAACGUUUCAAUACGCAGGUACUGAAGGUAAACGUCACAGGCUUCGAGAGGGGAUGGUUUUCUUUGACCCACCAGAGUAUUACGAUGCACCAGGAGGGUUCAUUUCUUUUAAACCAUCUAUUCCAAAGAGCAUGUUAUUAGAUGGGAAUCAUACUAUUGAGUCACACUUUGCCCUCGUUAACCACCAAAUGAAACAGAUACGAUCAGCUCUAGCCAUUGCGUCUUUGCUAAACCGUACACUGGUGAUGCCACCAAUAUGGUGCAGGUUAGAUAGGCUUUGGUUUGGACAUCCUGGUACUCUUGUGGGAUCUAUGACACGUCAACCUUUCAUCUGCCCGCUUGAUCAUGUCUUUGAGGUCAAUAUCAUGCUAAAGGAGCUACCAGAGGAAGAGUUUGGUCCGGGGAUUGGUAUCAGAGAAUAUUCUUUCUUAGAUAAUCCAUCAUUACCAAAACAAGUAAAAGAGUCAUGGCUUGAUGUUCAGCUUUGUCAAGAAGGAAAAGAAGGAUGUGAGGCUUCGAAUAUCACUAGCUCCUCUGGGGCUCUUAAGUUCCCAAAGCGGAGCAAUGAAGAUACGUUCAAGGCGAUUUUCUCUUCCUUCAAUGAUGUCAAAGUGAUCAAGUUCUCUUCAAUAGAAGAUGCUUUCACCGGAUUCUCUGAUAAGGAGCGGGAAGAGAGAUUCAGAAGACGGGUGAAGAGAUAUGUGGGGAUAUGGUGUUGUGAGGAGAAUAAGACUCCGGGACAUAUUUAUUACGACAUGUACUGGGAUGAGAAACCUGGUUGGAAACCAGUUCCUCCACAGACACCAGAAGAGGAUCAUCCUCCACUUUGAUGCUCUGACUACUCAGCAAGAGAAACUCUAAGAAGCAGAAGCAGAAGCAGAAGCAGAAGCUUUAUUCUAUUUCUUGGGUCACAAGGAAGCUUAAGAGUUUGUUUUUGUUUUUCUUUUCUUACAGCCCGUUUACUACUGUAAAACUGAACUUCUGUCUUACACAAUUGUAUAAGCAAAUGUUUUAAUGAUAGGUUUGGACACAGA